UAGUGCAGCAGCAGCCGCGGAGUGAAAACUGCAAAUUUCAAGACGAAAAACGAUUCUUUUAAAAUUACGCUGCUCAAAAGUGGUGAAAAGGUGUGAUUUUUGUCUGUUUGUAACCCCAGUUUAGUCGCCACCAGCGAAAAUGGCUUCGUGGGAAAUUCACGAUGACAUGAACUUCUACAUCACUGCCAACAAGUUCUUCAUAGAACCGAACGGGAAGAGCGAGGUGCUGAUCAUCGACCGGGUCAGCCGGGAGGCGUCGGUGCAGGUGAAGACGAACCAGCUGCCGCACGGCGUUCCGAUCCGGAAGGUUUGCGGCGUGCUGGGCGCGAUCAAGCUGAUCAGCGGGUUCCACCUGGUCGUCGUGACGCACCGGAUCUUUGUGGGGAUCGUUAAUUCGCAGGCCAUUUGGCGGCUGGCCGGCUUCGACAUCAUUCCGUACGUGCCGUCGUUGACGCACUUGAGCGAGACCCAGAAGGUGCAGAAUGGGGUGUAUUUGGCCAUGAUCCGGCAGGUGCUGGACACGCCGUAUUACUACUUUUCCUACACGUACGACGUGACACACACGCUCCAGCGGCUGCACUCGAUGCCGCCGGAUUUCAUGCAGACGGGGUUGUACGAGCGGGCGGAUUCGCGGUUCGUGUGGAAUGGGUUCAUGCUGAAGCAGUUUCACCGGCCGGAAGUAAGGCAGUACUGUUUGCCAAUCAUUCUUGGGUUCGUGUCGAUCAACGAUGCCAUGGUCAAUGGGCACGCCUUCCAGUGGAUCAUCAUGACGAGGAGGUCGGUUCAUCGGGCUGGGACGAGGUUGUUUUGCCGUGGAAUUGACCAGACGGGGAACGUGGCGAAUUACGUCGAGACGGAGCAGAUUAUCGACGUGCGCGGGGAUAAAGUUUCGUUCGUGCAGACGCGUGGAAGCAUUCCGCUGUUUUGGCGCCAAACGCCGAACCUCAAGUACAAGCCGCCGCCGGAGUUGGUUCCGGGUCGGGACCAUUUGAUCGCUUGCUCGAAGCAUUUGGACUCGCAGCUUAUCCACUACGGCCGGCAGGUGCUGGUCAACUUGAUUGACCAUCGUGGCGCGGAAGACGUGCUGGAGAAGGCGUUCGCGACGACCAUUUCGACGCUGGCCAAUCCGAACGUCCGGUACGAGUCGUACGACUUCCACGCCGAGUGCCGGAAGAUGCGCUACGACAAGCUGCACAACCUGAUCGCUCGACUCGCCCACGAGCAGGACGAGUUCGGUGUGUUUCAUCUGCGCCGGGACGGAGUCCUGCUCUCGUCCCAAGACGGCGUCUUCCGGACCAACUGUAUCGAUUGCCUGGACCGGACCAACGUCGUCCAAAGCAUGCUGGCCAAGCGCAGUCUCGAGCAGGCGUUGAUGCGCCUCGGCGUCCUGACCAGCGGCCAAAAGAUCGACCCCUCGUCCGCCUUCGAGUGGCUCUUCAAGGGCGUUUGGGCCGACAAUGCCGACCUCGUCUCAACCCAGUACUCCGGAACCGGUGCGCUGAAGACCGACUUCACCCGCACCGGCAAACGCACCAAAAUGGGCCUCCUCCAGGACGGCGCCAACUCCCUGACCCGAUACUACAAGAACAACUUCAACGACGGAUUCCGGCAGGACGCGAUCGACCUCUUCCUCGGAAGUUACACCGUCCAGGACGGCGAAGGUCUCACCCUUCCGUGCCCCCUCGUCAUCCAAAAGGGCUGGAAGUACGGAACGUUCCCCGUGGUCCUGCUCUUCGCGUUCGCAAUGUUCUUCGCGUCCGUUGUCUACCCCCAGGAAAAGUACAACACGGAACACCUGCUGUUCAUCCUGUUCUGGGGCUCGAUGGUGGGCGUGACCGGGGCCGGCAUCCUGAAAUACGGCGUCGAGUUUGUCGACUGGCCGAAGCUGCUGCCGCAGGCGACGCGCUCCAAGAUGGACGCCUGACGGCGGUGGAACUAAUUUUAUUAUGCGAACUUUAUUUCCGGGGCCGGUUUUCCUUGUUUGUACAUAAAUAUAACUUGAGGUAUUGAGACAAACAGUUGAUGCGCGAUUGCACCGUAUAUUUAAACUUUCUUCCCGUUUCACCAUUUUAAAAUCGUCGACACUUUGGUAGAGCGAACAAAACAAAAUAAAUAAUCGAUCAGCAAAGUAGGCUGUGGCUAGGACAAAUUGGAUGCACUCCUUUGCAAUAAGUACAGGAAACUAUUAAAUUUCAAUAAAGGCAACUUAUUCCAUGGCA